GCUUGACGUCAAGUCUGGAGAUGAUUGGCGAGAAGCCGAAAGGGAACGGAGAGACGAUUUAUUCUUUAUUGCGAUUUUUAGAUGGCCACAUUUGCCCGACGACGAGGGCGACAUGACGACGCAGCAUCAAACGACGAACGAAAGCAGACCAGUUCCCGCACCGGCGAAUGGCGUACGAACAAAAAGAGGCAUAUUCUUGGGGCGCUAGGUAUUCUUUUGACAUUUAUACUAUUCUUCUUUGCAAAGUUACGGGCAAGACCUGGGCGUCAACUGUAUUCCCCGGAUUCUGCCUGGCUCGCCUCGGACACAUGUCAAAGGUCUGGGCGGGGCGGCAGUUGUGGGUGGGUGUGUUUCUGGAGUCUCUGGGGCCGAGUGCCUGUUUCUGCUUUCCCGCCUCUCCUGACUCCUUGCUUUGCGCACCCCUGGAACGAGGGUACAUGCUUCCUUUCUGUGUCCUUGUUUGUUUUCUCUAUUUUUCUUGGACACUGAGAAAGAGGACUGUAUACUCGACACUGGCACCCUGGUUGGAUUUUUAUGGUUUUGUCACGCCAAGAUCUUAUGCGUGCCAUACCUGGCCUGGAGAACCUUCUGCGCCUACCCGAUCCCCCCUCGACCUAAGGAUGGUGGACAGACUCAGGGGAGGAGGGGCUAAGAGGGGGAGCGGGGGAAGUCACUGAGCAUGAAGAGGAUGGAUUGAUCGGUGGAAGAAUGGCUCUUCUUGGCCUGUCUUGGGCUAGGGCCGGGGUGGCUCAGUUGGCAACGACGGCUUGGACCUGGCAGGGAGGGAGGCGGAAGGGAGAAGCAGGGAUGUCGUCGCCGUGUACUCGGUACUAUGUGCGGGAUGAGGUGGAGGAGA